CAGUAACUCACACGAUUACGUUAAAACGAGCUUAUCCAGAUCCAUUUAUAUAUUUUGCUGUUAUUUUCAGGGUCUUUGGGGGGAAAGGCAGAAGAGAGAGGAAGCACACCUCAAAUUUAAGGGCUUCAACCGACGCGGAGAAGCAAGUUGUUGAGGACAGAAGCUUUCAUUCACUACGCUCUUCCCACCUGUCAGAGAAGAUGGGGAACGCGAGGAGUGGCGCUGUCUCCAAAGAGAUCUUGGAUGAGCUGAAGCUCCACACGAAGUUCACAGAAAGUGAGCUCUCGCAGUGGUAUGAGAACUUCCAACAACAAUGCCCCUCGGGACGAAUCACGUCUGAAGAGUUUGAGAAGAUCUACGCGCGCUUCUUUCCCGACAGCGAUGCCAAAACGUAUGCUCAACACGUCUUUCGCUCCUUUGAUACCAAUGAUGACGGCACACUGGACUUCAAGGAAUAUAUCAUCGCACUGCAUAUGACCUCCACUGGUAAAAUGGCGCACAAACUGGAAUGGGCUUUUUCGCUUUUUGACGUGGACAAGAAUGGAUACAUCACAAAGUCGGAAGUGACCGAGAUCUGUCAAGCGAUUUUUAAGUUGAUCCCCAAGGAAAAACAGUUACAGCUACCGAGCGACGAGAACACUGCUGAGAAGAGGGCCAACAAACUGUGGAGCUACUUUGAAAAAAGGGACAACGAACGAUUGGCAGAAGGAGAGUUUAUCAAAGGCGUUCUAGAGAAUGAGAACGCCCUUCGUCUCAUACAGUAUUCUCCUGACAAGUGAUGUCUUCUUUUUCUGCCCCCAAAGUCUGCAUCAGUAUUACACAGUAAACGUAUGCACAGUAGAAGGCUCAGUGUUAAUUCAUUUCUAACAUGGUUUUUGAGUCUAAAAUGGUACAAAUACAGAAUACAAUGUUCUCUAUCAGCAUCAGUUUAACACUGACAGCUUAACUGUGUGUAAUGCAGAAAUUUCUAAUAGGGAAUUGGUUUCUAUUUGGGGGAUCUGUUUGAAAAGAAGGUGUCAGAAAUCCAACUGAAAAGGUAUACAGAAAACAAAAGCAGAGAACAGUUAAAUAAUAUUGAAUUUUAUUUUUUGUACCAUUAAUCUUUUAGGCUAGUUGUAAACAUUCCGUUAACUUUAUUCAAACUAUUACAUUUAUAUUAACAAAAUGUUUUAUAUUGUUUGCAGCAUUUUAUAAACAUAUUUUCAUUACACUGAACAGGGUCAUGUUGAGGGGAAUGCUGAGGGUUAAUGUAAUGUUCCCUUGAGCUUGGAUGAGGCUUCAUAAAUAUACAGACACGACGUUCCCCCUUGUCACCCUUGAGAUGUCAUUGAACUUCUCAUUCUAAAGUAGGGUUCCCCAGUCUUAUCUGAAAAAGGCCGGUGUGGGUGCAGGUUUUUUACUUAACCCAGCUCUAAGACACCGAUUCUGCUUAUCAAGGUUUUAACUGAAAACCACGAUUAGGUAAUUGGAUGAAUCGGCGGUCUUAGUGCUGGCAUGAAACAAAACCUGCACCCACACCGGCCCCUUUCAUUUACGAUUAGGAACCCCUGUUCUAAAGUCUAGAGUCCAUAUCCAUUACAUACAUGUCAUGGAAAAAGAUAAAUAAAAAAUCAUAAAAAAUCA